AGCUGAGUUGAUCGGUGAUGUCGGGAAGUAAGGCUCUGGGCGCCCCGCAGCGGCGCACUCGGUGCCGGCGCUGCCAGGCCUGCACCAGGACCAACUGCAGAGAGUGCCGCUUCUGUAAAGACAUGACGACGUUUGGAGGACCGGGAUGCAUGAAGCAGUGCUGCAAGAAGAGAAAGUGCACUGCGCUCAACACAUUCGUCAGGGCAGCGUUGUUGAAUGUUAACUCGAUGAAAGAAAAAACGUCCAAAAUCUCAAAGCUCAUCACAGACAACCAGCUGAACGUCUUUUUCUCCACCGAGACGUGGUUAAAGUCGAGCAUGGUCCUCAGGAAGGCUUCGCCCCCAAACUUCGAUUUCAUCCAUCAUCUGAGUAAAGUUACCGGGCGUAGAGGGGUAGCUAUCCAGUUCUCUACAGACUUGCAAGUUAAAGAAAUUCCAAAGGAUAAAGAGAUGAAGACCUUUGAAUACGUGGUGGCAGUUCUGAAACACGACGAAUGGGAAGAACCCGUCCUGAGCAUCAACCUCUAUCGCCCGUCAGAGAAAACCUCUUACACCGUGGACAUCAUCACCAACUUCCUGGAAGAGUUGCAGGAACUUUUGGAUCAGGUUCUCCAAAACUACAACAACAUCCUUGUGACCGGAGAUUUCAAUAUCUGGGUUGAUUGUGAGGAAAUGAAGUAUGUUCAGAAGUUUCUAAAUUUUCUAUCGGACAACAGCUUGGUUCUGCACCCAACGGAGUCGACCGUCAGCCGCUCCAAUCACAUACUGGAUCUGGUGCUCGUCAGAAAUGUUGAAAUGUCUGAUGUUAAAGUCCAGAACGACCACAUAUCAGAUCAUUACACCGUGUAUUUCGACCUGAGGCCAGAGCGGAGACGUUAAAGGAAAAAACAAAAUGAGGAUGGGAAACAAAUUCAAAAAGCGUGGUUCUACACUUAAGAUCUGCACAUCAUCUCCAGGAUGGAGCUGCCCUCUAUGGAGGACCUCUACUCCCAGCAGCUCAGGAAGAAAGCCCUCAGGAUUAUCAAAGACCCCCAUCACCCCAGCCACAA